AUGAAAUUCUCAGCUGCCCUUGUUCUUGCCGUCGCAAGCCUCGUUGCUGCUGCUCCUCUGACCGAACGAGAGGUUGCGUACGACGCUCUUGCUGAGAACCCAACCCAGGUGACCAGCAAUGAAGAAGUGGACCUUCUCGCACCCAGAAUCGGGUACAAGGACAAGCGAGGCGUGCAGUACGACGCGCUUGCUGAGAACCCUACUCAGGUGAAAAGCAACGAUGAGGUCGAUCUUCUCGCGCCUCGCAUCGGCUACAAAGAGAAGAGAGGUGUUCAGUACGAUGCACUGGCCGAGAACCCAACCCAGGUGAAAAGCAACGACGAAGUCGAUCUUCUUGCGCCUCGCAUUGGAUAUAAGGAGAAGCGAGGCGUGCAGUAUGAUGCUCUGGCCGAGAAUCCGACUCAGGUGAAAAGCAACGAAGAAGUUGAUCUCCUUGCUCCUCGUAUCGGUAUGUGGACUGCAAUCAUCUAG